CGGUCAGCUGACCAACCCGGAAGUUAGGAAACAGUGAAGCGUAGUCAACACUUUGGGUCAUAAAAACUGAUUUAAGGGUGCGUGUUUUUCACUUGUGACGUCAUGGUUCGCUGUUUCUUGGUUCACACCGUCUGUUCUAUUAGUUCUGUGGGUGCUGUGGACAGCCGAGUGAUUUAUUCCCGAGCGUUUGGUCCAGAUGAAAGUAUCACGUCGGUCCAGAACCGAGAGUUCGGCCCGGAGGAGAGGAGGCUGCUGCAGCGAGAGAAGCUAGCGGUGCUGGCGAGCUCCAUUGUGAUUGUGUACAAAGUGCUGCUGAAGAGCGACCGUCUCGAUGUUCUGCUGAGCCGUUUGCUUCCUCACGGGCAGCUUCUCUUCCUCAACCAUCGCUUUGCCCAAAGCCUGGAGAAAGACAUAAUGCUCUACAUGGCCAAGUGACCAGCACGCAUUUGUCAGGUUGCCAUUUUGAAGACACACCAAUGUGAGCUACGUUAAAGCUAGCUGUCGCUGCUAGCAGUAGUUUUUACAGCCUAAAUGUGUUUCACCUGUGGUGAGGUUUCUGCAUGCCUGAGACAAUAAGGGAUUCCUACGUUGGGAGUUUCAGGUUGCUGGAGGUGCUUCAUUUUCAACAGCAUUCAUCAAACUUGAGAGGAAAAUGCAGCUGAAGAACCUGGUUGAAAUGUAUUUUUGAGCAUCAAUGUCUGCUACUUAUCUGAUGCACAAUAGAUGAAAUGUGAGCGCAGUGUGACUGAGAAUCCAGACUUAACUUUUGGGAAUAUGAACAAAAAUUCCAGUGUACAUUACUGCCUUAUUGUGUUUAAUCAGCCCGUCUAAAACAGGACCGUCAGAUAAACAAAUUCUGAUCUCUUUUCCUUUGGUUGCAAAUUAAAAA